AUGCGGUUCUCCGCCUCGCGCAUGGUGCUGCGCGCGUACGACGGCCAGAGCCGGCUCGAGGCCGCGAGAUCCGCGCGCCGGUGGUGGCCCAGCCUCCAGCCCGUCAGACUGGCGCUCGUUGUGGGAACUAUGAACAUAGAUGCAGAGUCCCUCUUGCUCGCUACUUUAGCGAAAAGUCUUGUCGGGCUGGGUUACCAGGUCGAGGUUUUAGCAUUCUCUUAUGGGAAAGCUCAUGACAUUUGGAGAACUAUUUGUCGUGUAAAUAUCGUGAGAAUUGACAAGUUGAAGUCUGUCGAUUGGUUAAAUCUUAUGCAGGAACCUUUUCAAUUUCUACCAGUGGUUUGGCUUAUUCAUGAUGAUGCUCUUGGACAACACCUUAGAAAUUAUCCAGAGUUGCAUCUGUCCAUUCCAAAUCAUAUUGAAGAUUGUUGUUAUACUCUCCCCUUGAUACUGGGAAUUUCUUGGUCAUUUCUGGUUCCCCGGUUGAUAUCUGGGCUGCUAAAGGAUAUGGCACAUCACAUUCUCAAGAAACUUUAA